UCCCAGGGGUGCCCACUGGGGCUGUCCGUGCCGCUGGCCCCGCGGCGGGCAGGCCGCAGCCCCGGACUACAUCUCCCGUCAGGGCCGGCGCGGGCCGCGGGCGGGGCUCCCGCGUCACUGCCCGCCGCCCCGGCCCGUCCCUCCGCCGAGCCGGAGCCGGAGCCGGAGCGUCCUCCCGGGCGGCGCCCCCGGAGCUGCCCGCGCCCCCCGCGCCCCGCGCCGCGCCCAUGACCCCCUCAGCGGGGCACUGACCGCGCCCGGCCCCGCACGGCCUCCCGUGUUCCCGGCGUGCCCCCUGAAGGGAUGGAGAGCUCCUCGGUGGCGUCAGCCUCCUCGGAGGCGGGGAGCAGCCGCUCCCAGGAGAUCGAGGAGCUGGAGCGCUUCAUCGACAGCUACGUGCUGGAGUACCAGGUCCAGGGGCUGCUCACCGACAAGACCGAGGGCGACGGCGAGAGCGAGAAAACGCAGUCCCACGUCUCACAGUGGACGGCGGAUUGCAGCGAGCAGCUUGAUGGCAGCUGUUCCCCAUCCCGAGGGAAGGGCUCGUCGUCUCACGAACACAACCAGAAUGGCAACAAGGAGAGCAACCUUGACAUGCUGGGCACAGACAUCUGGGCUGCCAACACCUUUGACUCCUUCAGUGGUGCAACGUGGGACCUGCAGCCUGAAAAACUAGAUUUCACCCAGUUUCACAGAAAGCUGCGAAACACCUCCAAACACCCAUUGCCUCACAUAGACAGAGAAGGGCUCGGAAAGGGGAAAUACGAGGAUGGUGACAGCAUCAACCUGAACGACAUAGAGAAAGUCCUUCCAGUGUGGCAGGGUUACCAUCCGUUGCCUCAUGAAGCUGAAAUCGCACACACCAAAAAACUGUUCAGGAGGAGGAGAAACGACCGGAGGCGACAGCAGAGACUUCCCAGCGGGAACAAGUCCCAGCAGCACGCGGACCACCAGCAGGGUGGCACCAAGCACAACAGGGACCACCAGAAGCUCUACCAAGGCGGCCAGGCCCCUCACUCCUCGGGCAGGACGGGCCACCACGGCUACAGCCAGAACCGGCGAUGGCACCACAACCAGAAGCACUCCCCCAACGACAAGGAGACGCACAGGAACGCCAAAGAGACUGAGAGCGCGCGGGCCGAGGACGGCCCCGCCUGCACCGCGGACGCGCCGCGCGGCCCCGAGCCCGAGGCCAAGCAGGGCCAGCAGUACGGCCCCGAGCCCGAGGCCAAGCGCAGGGACAGCGCCCACGACAGGCCCAAGAUCAACCUGCUGCAGUCCUCCAAAGACAGGCUGAGGAGGAGGCUAAAAGAAAAGACGCCUUGUCUUUCCCUUUUCACGGACCAGGACGAAGUAACGGUGGAAACCACCGACCCUGAAAAGAAUAAAAUGGACAAACUAAUUGAAAUUCUCAACAGCAUGAGGAACAACAGCAGUGAUGUUGAUUCCAAGCUCACCACCUUCAUGGAGGAGGCUCAGAACUCCACCAACUCUGAGGAGAUGCUGGGGGAGAUAGUCAAAACCAUCUACCAGAAAGCGGUGACGGACCGCAGCUUUGCUUCCACAGCAGCCAAGCUCUGUGACAAAAUGGCCCUCUUCAUGGUGGAAGGAACCAAGUUCCGCAGUCUGCUCCUCAACAUGUUGCAGAAGGAUUUCUCCAUGCGGGAGGAGCUGCAGCAGCGGGACGUGGAGCGCUGGCUGGGGUUCAUCACCUUCCUCUGCGAGGUCUUCGGCACCAUGAGGAGCAGCACCGGGGAGCCCUUCCGAGUCCUCGUCUGCCCCAUCUACACCUGCCUCAGGGAGCUUCGGGGAAUCGAGGGCGAGCUGGAAGAGGGCAUUGUUCCUGGGAUAAAGGCUUUCCCCAGGGAUGGUUAUGCUGCAGCCUGGGCACUGUGGGUUUGACCCUUGCCUGCUUCCAGACCUGGCUGUUCUUUGGGACCAGUGGUGGCAUCUCGCAGGACCGUGCUCUUGCAUGAGCCUUUUAUCUGGUGAAAACACUUUCAGCAGUAUAAGCAAGUUAUCCUAUCUCCUGUGCGUGAUGGUCUUAAGCAGCAGUGAUGUCCUACUCUCUCCUUUCAACCCUAUAACCCUCUUGACUCUGGCCUCACUUUAUUUCACAAAACCACUCUAAAUUUGUCCCCGAACACCCCCUUACAGGAUGCUGAGAAGUGAACACGCUGACAUCCUUGCUGCUCCAAAGCCCCUGCCCCAUAUCCAAACACCAAGUACCGUGCUGAGCCAUGCUUCAACAAUGCUUCACGUCCCCCAAAACAACUAAAACCAGGAGAAUAAACAAGGGAGUUUGGUUCUUGCAGCCUGGCCGUAUUUCUUCUUUUCUGUGGCCUUCGGCAGAGUCAGCAAAAUGGAGAAAAUGGGUGGUUAAGGCUAGGGAGCAGCAAAUGUCAUCUGAACCAUCAGAGCCCUGUGAGCAAUGCAAGAAGUGCCUCGUGGCUACUGAAGAUGUGGAGAUAAUAAAUAAUAUUAUUUGCCAUCUAUUGUUCACUGAUUGUCACCACUUUUGCCUUCCCUAGCUCUUCCCUAAGCACAGUUGGAGCUGGCUCUCCCUCAUCCAGCUCUGUGU